CUCGCGCUCGGAGGCGCGGCCCCAGCCUGCGCCGAAUGCCCGAUUCUGAAAGGGAAAGCGGCCCUUUCACCUCCCGGCUCCCGAGUCCGGGAGCUUUUGUUCCGGGAGGAAUGCAAAGGCUUUAUUCACUCCCCGGGCCUCCCGGGCCGACAGAAAUGGGCGCGAGGCUUGGAAAGGCUCUGGGGCCGCCGUGGGUCUUGCGCUUCGCUCCCUGCUCCCACCCCACCCCCCUAUCCCGAAGUUGCGAGCUUGCGACCGGGAAGUGGGGCCGCCGCCAUUGUCGCGGCGGCUCCGGGGCAGGGGAGGCUGCCGCCGCCGCUUAUGUAAGUUUGUCUUUGCGGGAGUCCCCGCUCCAGCUCGGUGGCGGCGGUUUGGAAAACCUUAAUAAAGUGGGCAGCUUCGUACUGGAGGGGUGGUCGGGAAUACAUCUUUCCCUCCAGCUUCUGGGAUAGUGGCAGCGGAUGUCUUCCAGUUUGACUCACCUGAACUUGGCAAUGGGAACAUCUCAGCAGAAAAAAAAAAAAGGUCCUCAGAGAUACUGAAAGAGUCGAGGCCAAAUAACACACUGGCCAAAAAAGAAAAAGAAAAAAAAAAUCCAGCGCAGUCAUUUGUUACCAUGGGUACUGUAUGCCACUCCUGUGUCUGGUCCAUGUACUUUUAUCCCACAAGCCCUAGGGAGAGCCGCUCGCAUCAGGAGGAAGUGGCCCCAGCAGGAAGGUUUUGCCUAGUUGCCUUCCCUUGAGGGUGACUGCAGGCCAGGGUGCACCUAGGGAGCAGACAGGGCGGGAAGCAGCCUUAGAAAUAAUUUUGCCCAACCCUCACACUUGGCAGAUAAGAAAAUAGCCUGCUGCUCGAGGCGGCUUGGUGCUUUUGCUUUUCUGUAGAGAGAACUUCUAAGGGUUUUCAGGACUUUGGUCCUACCACACGCAAGUUUGUGUGGUCACUGUUUGCAGGGGAGACUUUGUUUUUCAGGAUGUUGGUCUGCAGGAUGGAGGCCCCGUGGUAAAAGUUAAAACGUGUACAAAGCUAGAAUUCUUUGAUCCUCCCUGUAGGGGUAAAGGCAAAAACACCUGGAUUUCACGAUUGCAAGUGUAGAGACCCGUGUAGUGUAAGUGAUGUGUGCUACAUCACACAGAAGUCUGGAAAGAAGAAAACUGCUAUUUCCUCUCCUCCAAUGUUAGCUGUUGGCUGACUGGCGUGCCCCUGAUCAGAGUUAUUCUGAUCUGAAGAUUUUGGUGUUUAAAGCAUUAAGAUAAUAGCCUGAGUUGUUCAUGGAGUUUUUCAUCAGUAUGUCUGAAACCAUUAAAUAUAAUGACGAUGAUCAUAAAACUCUGUUUCUGAAAACGCUAAAUGAACAACGCCUGGAAGGAGAAUUUUGCGACAUCGCCAUCGUGGUGGAAGAUGUGAAGUUCCGAGCACACAGGUGCGUUCUUGCCGCCUGCAGCACCUACUUUAAAAAGCUUUUCAAGAAGCUUGAGGUUGAUAGCUCGUCCGUCAUAGAAAUAGAUUUUCUUCGCUCUGAUAUAUUUGAAGAGGUCCUGAAUUACAUGUACACUGCCAAGAUUUCCGUGAAAAAAGAAGAUGUUAACUUAAUGAUGUCAUCAGGUCAGAUUCUGGGGAUCCGAUUCUUGGAUAAACUCUGUUCGCAGAAGCGCGACGUGUCUAGUCCCGACGAAAAUAACGGCCAGUCCAAAAGCAAGUAUUGCCUCAAGAUAAACCGCCCCAUCGGAGACGCCGCCGACGCUCAGGACGACGACGUGGAAGAAAUCGGAGAUCAGGAUGACAGUCCUUCCGAUGACACGGUAGAAGGCACCCCCCCUAGCCAGGAGGACGGCAAGUCACCUACGACCACGCUCAGGGUCCAGGAGGCGAUCCUGAAGGAGCUGGGGAGCGAGGAGGUGCGCAAAGUCAACUGCUACGGCCAGGAAGUCGAGUCCAUGGAGACGCCCGAGUCGAAGGAUCUGGGGUCCCAGACCCCUCAAGCCUUAACAUUUAACGACGGCAUGAGUGAAGUGAAGGAUGAGCAGACCCCGGGCUGGACCACCGCCACCAGCGACAUGAAGUUCGAGUACUUGCUCUACGGCCACCACCGGGAGCAGAUCGCCUGCCAGGCCUGCGGGAAGACCUUCUCGGACGAGGGCAGGUUGCGGAAGCACGAGAAACUGCACACAGCCGACCGGCCCUUCGUCUGCGAAAUGUGCACCAAGGGCUUCACCACGCAGGCCCACCUCAAGGAGCACCUGAAGAUCCACACGGGCUACAAGCCCUACAGCUGCGAGGUGUGCGGCAAGUCGUUCAUCCGCGCGCCGGACUUGAAGAAGCACGAGCGGGUGCACAGCAACGAGCGGCCCUUCGCCUGCCACAUGUGCGACAAGGCCUUCAAGCACAAGUCCCACCUCAAGGACCACGAGCGCAGGCACCGUGGGGAGAAGCCCUUCGUCUGCGGCUCCUGCACCAAGGCCUUCGCCAAGGCGUCGGAUCUGAAAAGGCACGAGAACAAUAUGCACAGCGAGAGGAAGCAGGUCACCCCCAGCGCCAUCCAGAGCGAGACGGAGCAGCUGCAGGCGGCGGCCAUGGCCGCGGAGGCCGAGCAGCAGCUGGAGACCAUCGCCUGCAGCUAGAGAGGAUGCGGGCCGGGAUGCGCAGCCCGCCGCAUCCCGGUGCGCGAACGCCAGCCACUGUGCUUUUUGGUGGAAACUUACAGAGCAUUGUACUCACUGGACUUAAGGCAGUGCUUGGUUUCGUGUUUUUUAAACUUUGCAAGGAAGCACCCUUCCUUGGUUCUGACCAAACUGUUUCACUGUCCUGUCUGGUGUCUAGUAUUAAUGUCGCCAGUAAGCAACCCCCUCCCCCACCGUCUUUUUUAUGAUUUCUGAUUUUAAUUUGAGAACUCCUGUGUCCAGUGCAGAAGCGAGAGACUUCUGUUCCUUUUUUAAUUCCUCUCUCCGCUUGGCACACGGGUGAGUGUGCUGCACAGAGUGAUAACUGAGUACCUUGAUUUCCUGGUCACCAUUACAUGUGACAGGGUCACAAGAGCAUUUUUAAUAACUUAGUAAAAGUACUUCAUCUAGACGCAGAAAGUACUGGUGAGGACCCUGCGCAGAUACGAAAACAAGUUCUGGGAAUGCAGAAUGGUCUUAGAUUUAUAUAUUUGGUUGGUUAAUUUUCUAUCACUGUUUUUCUACUGUGUGUGUGUGUGUGUGUGUGUGUGGACAAAUAAUGGUGGCUCUGCCCAAGUGUUUCUUCAGCCCUUUUGAUUGGCCCUACCUGCCCCCAAAGAUGUCGUCACAAGUCCCGAAGGCUGAGCAAGCCCACAGGCAUGUUGGUGGUCUGAGGGCUGAAUUUUUCCAUUCCUCCUUGUUUAGGGCAUUGCCUCUCUGCAGCCAGUGGGGUCUGUGGACUGGACCAGUGGCGAGAGGGUUAGAAAAGGGAGUCUAGGAACCUGGCUCUCAGAGACAAGCUUUGCUCAUUUGCCACAAGUCCAAGAUUUCCUAAGUCAGUUGAUUCUGAAAUUGGAUUUUUAUUUAGGAUCAAAAUUAGGACAAGAACAGGUAUGCCUCUUCAGAUACUUUGGGAAACUUGACAGGAUGUCAGCAAGCUUUUGGGCUCCCUGUAGCGCGUGAUUUAUCCGUAGAGGGGAUGCAGUGUCCUUCCUUAAAUUAAUACAUUUAAAAUCUUUUAAGUGUGUAAAUAGUACAGAAGCAUUGGUCUCAUGUAUCUCAAGUAAAAGUAGACAGCCGCACUUUUUUUUGCACAUUGGAUUAAAGUAACUUCCAUCAGCAACAAACAUCAGUCUGUUUUUAACCAAUAUUAAAGAUUGUCAGACCAAAUGUUUAUGUUUUUGAAGUAUAUUUUCAUCACUGGUUACGGUUUUAAGUAGAAGCUGACUGCCUUUUCAUAGCCAUAAACAGAAUUAUAAGUGCUGUUCCAAUUUUGGUGUGCAAAAUUUCUUUUUAAGCGUUUCUUAGGAAUAUAUUGAAAUACUGACAAAGUUGGAAUUAUGUUCUGUAAUCAAGUAUUAGUCAAUUAUUUUAGUAUGUAUCAUUUUAGAAAAAUGUCAAUUUUUAAAAUUUAUUUUUGAUUGCUAGGAUUUUUUUUUAAGCUACAUUAAAGCAAUUUCAUUUCAUAGCUUGUGGCAUUAACACCUGUAAUUAUUAUUGUGAGAGAAAUUUUAUUUUUAAAUUGGUGUAUAUUUUAUGCCCAAGGUUGUAGGAUGAAGAUGCUACCUUUUUAAGAAACUUAUUUAUUGGUAAAUGUUUAAUUCAGUUUAAAGUUAACUUAAUUUCUUUUCUUAAAAGUUGAUUAUUUUGUCCAAAAAGUAGUCCUGUCACUGUGUUUAUAUACUAUUUGUAGAAGGGGGACUGAGUGCCGUUCCUGGGCUGUUUCAACCAAAGCAAAGGAAAAAUAACUUAACAUCUUGUUGAUAGCGACUUUGACAAACCAUUUUUUGGGGCCUUCAUUGUUGUAUAUAAAAGAAAAUAUACUUCUUUCAUUCCUGUUUUCAUUUUUUUGCUAGCAGCCUUUCCCCUUCCCAGGUUUCUACCAAAGUGCAUUUUCUGUACUGUCUUCGUCAUGGUUUUACAGAGUUGCAAGCUCACCACGUGGCAUUAACUCUCUCUGAAACCACUUGAUCACGGUGGUAUCCUGAAAAAGAAAGCUUAGUUUUCAGCACUUUAUUUGCAUUAUGUAAAUAAUGUAUCACGUGUCCUAUUUUGCAUGAGAAAUAUAUUUGUGUUGUCAUUUCUGCCA